UUUUGUUUUUGGUAUCAGUUUGUAACUCCGAAUCUAAACCACGUUGUUUCCAAAAUUGUGUAUAUUAACUUAUAAUAGUUUAUUUAUUUUUUCUUUAAUAUAUUAUUAUAAUGAAAAUAUGUCAAUGUUAGCGGGACCUCGUCGAAAACAGAAAGUUAUUAAUUUACGAGCUAAGAACAGUGCUUGGAGUAAUGACACGAACAAGUUUGGCCAACGCAUGUUGGAAAAGAUGGGCUGGAGUGAAGGAAAGGGGUUAGGAGCCAAUGAAAAUGGAAUUGUUGAACAUGUGAUCGCUAAGUAUAAGAACGACGAUAAAGGAUUGGGUUACGAGGAUAAAAAUGACCAGUGGACCAAGCACGAAGAUGACUUUAACUCAUUAUUGGCAAAUUUAUCCAAUGGUAACGAUAAUAAAGGAGAGAAACUUCAUAGUGGUGUAUCGUUGGAAGUGAAGUCAAAAAAGAGCAAAGCAAGAGUCCACUAUCAUAAAUUUACACGAGGCAAAGACCUUACUCGCUACAGUGAAAAAGAUUUAGCCAAUAUAUUUGGUAAAAAAAGCUUUAAAGAAGAAAAAGGUGAAGAAGAACCAAUCAAAGUAGACAUAAAAACAACAGAGCAGAUAUUCACUGAGAAAGGCAGUAUGGAAGAUUACUUUAAAAAUAAACUAGCAGCUUUUAAAUCUAAAAGUAAAAUUACUGCUCUAAAUUACAUUGAAAAAGAUCAGGAUGAUGAAGGUGACUGUGCUUUUAAAGGAUUUUCUAUGAGUACUACUGAUACAACAGAAUGUACUGAAAAUAAGGACAUAGAAAAGUUUUCUUUCUAUGAAUCAUACCAUGUUGAAAAAACAAUUGAUACAAAUCAAAUUGAUACUCAGUUAGAUAUGGAAGUUGGUAAGAAAAAGAAAAAAAAGAAGAAAUCUAAAGAGAUUGAAAUUGAAACAAUAGCUUGUGACGAUGCAGUUUUAUUAAAGUCCAACACUAAGAUAAAGAAAAGAAAUUUAAGUGAUAAUGUAGUACUUACUGAAGUCGAAGAAACAAUUAAAGUGAAAAAGAAAUCUAAGAAAAAUAAAUAUGUACAUGAUCACAUAGACAAUGAUAUGACUGAAACGAAUACAUUUGAAAACAGUCUGCAAACAAAUGGUAAUCCAGAAAAUGUUGAAACUAACGAGCAUGUGGUAGACAAUUCUUAUGUGCCUAAAAAGAAGAAAAAACGAAAAAAUAAAGACAAAUAAUGUUCAUCCAUGAAGUAUGUUUUAUUUAGUAUAUAUGUUAAUUUUAUAUAAGUUUAAAAAAUAUUCAAUUCCUGAAAAAUAUCCAUAAUUAAUGAUCUAUUAAUACCACCUCUAGUGAGAAUGCUUACAAUUUUCUAUAAAUUUAUUUUAAGCAUUAUUUUGCUUGUUUACCACAAAUUAUAAAUAUAAAAUUAAAUAUUUUAAA